AUGAUACUUGGAACAGAGGGUACUUAUGAAGUAGAAUAAAGUCACGGUGCCACCUGAACUGUGCAGAGUGAAGAGUUUUCUUUCCUGUCGUCUGUUGUCUAUACCAGUGUCUGACCAGAAAACCAAGCGCCAUGCCCACUGACGCCCAAACUGAUGCGCGCUCCUUCCUGACUGAGGAGAUGAUUUCAGAAUUCAAGGCUGCCUUCGACAUGUUCGACACAGAUGGAGGUGGUGACAUCAGCACCAAGGAGCUGGGCACCGUCAUGAGAAUGCUGGGUCAGAAUCCGUCUAGAGAGGAGCUGGAUGCCAUCAUUGAGGAGGUCGAUGAAGAUGGCAGUGGGACUAUCGACUUUGAGGAGUUCCUGGUCAUGAUGGUGCAGCAGCUAAAGGAGGACCAGACCGGAAAGAGCGAAGAGGAGCUUUCAGAAUGUUUUCGCAUUUUCGACAAGAACGGAGAUGGCUUCGUUGACAGAGAAGAAUUUGGAGAUAUCCUUCAUAUGACUGGAGAACAGGUCACAGAGGAAGAUAUUGAUGAAAUGUUUGGUGAAUCGGACUCAAACAAAGAUGGAAAAAUUGAUUUUGACGAGUUUCUGAAGAUGAUGGAGAAUGUCCAGUAAUGAGCCCAGUCCUACAUUCCUUCGCUAUAAAGCGUCUUGAGUAAAGAAACUCUGCAAAAAGCAAACUCUAAAUACCACAAAUAUAAAUCCCAUGGUUAAAAUAAUAUCUGUGAAAUAAAUUUCUUCACCCCCA